AUGGCUUCUAUUCUGUUACCCGAGGUACCGGUUCCAGGUUUUUCCUUUGAGAAUAGCCAACGCAAUGCAUUCUUAGCCCAAAAAGGGUUUCCUGCUCCAACGGCUACCAAAACCGGUACCACCAUUGUGGGCAUAAUUUACGCUGACGGCGUUAUACUCGGCGCUGAUACAAGGGCUACAGAAAACACUGUGGUAUCAGAUAAGAAUUGUCAGAAGAUUCAUUAUUUAGCCGGCAACAUGUACUGCUGCGGAGCUGGAACUGCGGCUGAUACUGAAAUGACGACUCAGUCAGUGUCUUCGCAGUUGGAGUUGCAGAGGCUACAUACAGGAAGAACAGUAGCAGUUGAAACUGCUGCAACUUUGUUGAAGCGUAUGUUGUUCCGCUAUCAAGGUUACAUUGGUGCUGCUCUGGUUCUUGGAGGUGUCGACAGAACUGGACCUCACAUUUACUGCAUAUACCCCCAUGGUUCAGUUGACAAACUUCCAUAUGCUACUAUGGGUUCUGGAUCUCUUGCUGCAAUGGCAGUUUUUGAGGCUAACUGGAAGCCUAAUAUGACUGAAGAAGAAGGCAAGAAGCUUGUCCGUGAUGCUAUUGCAGCUGGUAUCUUUAAUGACUUGGGAUCAGGCUCUAAUGUAGAUUUGUGUGUCAUCCGAAGCCAAGGGCCUGCCCAAUAUCUUAGGACCUAUGAAGAGGCCAAUGUGAAGGGCAAGAAACAAGGAUCAUACAGAUAUCCCCUAGGGACUACAGCUGUGUUAAAGCAGUCCGUCAUACCGCUGGAGGUGACAUCUGUCACAGUUACAGCUAGCCCACAGCCUAUGGAUGUUGAACCAUCACACAGUCGCCGUUAA